UGAGCUCUCUUCCUGGUCCUGCUGUCCACGGUGCGCCCGCCCUGACAUCAACUUCCAAGGAGGAGCAGCUCGUCGGUUCGCGUGCGCUACUGCGGUACUGCAACCCCGGCUGCUAUGUGACUCCAUCGGGGGAACUUGUUUUGAAUUAGCGGUCCGGUUAUACCCAGGAUAGGGUUCUGGUGAUUGGAAGUGAAACGAGAGGUGCAGAUAGGGUGUGAGGGUCUUCGACAGUGGAGCGUGGCAGCAGGAGGGGGAUUUCUCUCGUUCCUAUCAGAUCUGCCUACAACCGGGGUCUGGCGUAGAAUAUGGCGGAACAUCACUCUGUUUCCGAUAGCAAGCAUAAAGCUUCUGCUGUGAAUAUCGGAGCUUCUCUCUCUGGGAAUGGACGGAGCAGUCCAGCGGGGACCGUCGGUAGUAGUCCUACGGGGGCUCUCUCCACCGGGAUAGCUCAGCCGGCAGGGUGGCAGUCCUUACUUUCGUUUACCAUCCUGUUUCUGGCCUGGCUUGCUGGUUUCAGUGCCAGGCUCUUCGCUGUCAUCCGAUUUGAGAGCAUCAUCCACGAGUUUGACCCUUGGUUCAACUACAGAUCUACUCACCAUCUGACCAUCAACGGCUUCUACGACUUCCUCAACUGGUUCGAUGACAGGGCCUGGUACCCACUGGGAAGGAUAGUGGGUGGCACGGUUUACCCAGGUCUGAUGGUAACAGCUGGUCUCAUCCACUAUGUUCUAAACCUGCUCCACAUCACGGUGCACAUCAGAGACGUGUGUGUGUUCCUGGCGCCCGUCUUCAGCGGCCUCACGUCCAUCUCCACCUUCCUGCUGACCCGCGAGCUCUGGAACCAGGGGGCGGGGCUUCUGGCGGCGUGCUUCAUCGCUAUUGUCCCUGGUUACAUCUCCCGCUCCGUGGCGGGCUCCUUCGACAAUGAGGGCAUCGCCAUCUUUGCCCUCCAGUUUACCUACUAUCUAUGGGUGAAAUCAGUGAAGACUGGGUCAGUGUUCUGGGCCAUAGGCUGCUGCCUCUCAUACUUCUACAUGGUGUCUGCAUGGGGAGGCUACGUCUUCAUCAUCAACCUGAUCCCUCUCCAUGUGUUUGUCCUGCUGCUAAUGCAGCGAUACAGCAGACGAGUCUACAUCGCUUACAGUACGUUCUACAUCGUUGGUCUGGUGCUCUCCAUGCAGAUCCCCUUUGUGGGGUUCCAGCCAAUCAGGACCAGCGAACACAUGGCUGCAGCAGGUGUGUUUGCGUUGCUCCAGGCCUAUGCAUUCCUCCAGUACCUGAAAGACAGACUGACCAGACAGGAGUUCCAGACCCUGUUCUUCCUGGGGGUCUCUCUGGCUGCUGGGGCAGUCUUCCUCACUGUUAUAUACCUGACUUAUACAGGACACAUCGCUCCUUGGAGUGGUCGAUUCUAUUCACUGUGGGAUACAGGGUAUGCUAAGAUCCACAUCCCCAUCAUAGCGUCUGUGUCGGAGCACCAGCCCACCACAUGGGUCUCGUUCUUCUUCGACCUCCACAUCCUGGUCUGUACCUUUCCUGCUGGACUCUGGUUCUGCAUCAAGAACAUCAACGACGAGAGAGUCUUCGUGGCGCUGUAUGCCAUCAGUGCUGUCUACUUUGCUGGAGUGAUGGUCCGUCUGAUGCUGACCCUGACCCCUGUAGUGUGUAUGCUGUCAGCUAUAGCCUUCUCCAGCGUGUUUGAACACUACUUAGGGGACGACAUGAAGAGGGAGAGCCCUCCCAUAGAGGACAGUAGUGAUGAGGACGACAAGAGGAACUCUGGAAACCUCUAUGAUAAGGCAGGGAAGGUCCGUAAGCACGUCUCAGAGCAGGAGAAGACAGAGGAAGGUCUGGGGCCCAACAUUAAGAGUAUCGUCACCAUGUUGAUGUUGAUGCUGCUCAUGAUGUUCGCUGUCCACUGCACCUGGGUUACUAGUAACGCCUACUCCAGCCCUAGUGUUGUACUGGCCUCUUAUAACAACGAUGGGUCGAGGAAUAUUCUAGAUGAUUUCCGCGAGGCCUACUAUUGGCUAAGGCAGAACACAGAGGAGCAGGCCAGAGUGAUGUCGUGGUGGGACUAUGGCUAUCAGAUAGCAGGGAUGGCCAAUCGGACCACGCUAGUGGACAACAACACCUGGAACAACAGUCAUAUAGCACUGGUGGGGAAGGCCAUGUCGUCCAAUGAGAGUGCAGCGUAUGAGAUCAUGAGGUCUUUGGACGUGGACUAUGUGCUUAUUAUCUUCGGUGGCGUGAUUGGCUACUCUGGUGAUGACAUCAACAAGUUCCUGUGGAUGGUGCGGAUCGCAGAGGGAGAGCAUCCUAAAGAGAUCAGGGAGAGUGACUACUUCACCCCCCAGGGAGAGUUUAGGGUGGACAAAGCGGGGUCUCCCAUCCUGCUCAACUGUCUGAUGUAUAAGAUGUCGUACUACCGCUUUGGAGAGAUGCAGCUGGACUUCCGGACGCCGCCGGGUUUCGACCGGACCCGUAACACUGAGAUCGGUAACAAGGACAUCAAGCUGAAACACCUGGAGGAGGCGUUCACCUCAGAACACUGGCUGGUCCGGAUCUACAAGGUCAAGAAGGAGGAGAACAGGGACCCCCUGGUGCACAGCCCCCGCAGCAGCAGCAGCAGACAAAAGUACACCUCUAAAAAGACGGCGAAGAGGAAGCGUGGUCAUGUGAAGAACAAACUUGCCCUCAAGAAAGGCAAGAAACUGAACAACAAGAAAUCAGUUUAGCCAUAAAAACGACCACAAAGGCGCUACGAGAGAGAGAGAGUGAG